AUGUAUCGGAACAUCCGCCCCAUGCCAGGCAAUGUCGGCGCGAACAAUAACAUGACCGGCGACACACCAGGCAAUGCCGCGAAUGAUCCCUCUCUUUCAGGAUAUGGCUAUGUGCUUGACCAAGAGCUCCCACCAAUCAAUCUGGAGAUGGAUCCUGCUCUUCCUCCAUAUGCUUAUGUGCUUGACCUUCAAGAACAAGAACGACAACAGUACGACAUCGACACUCCAGAAAGUCGUCUUAAGUAUGUCCUUGAAAUGGAUGCCGCAACCAAUGGAGCCCCAUUUCUGCAGGAACUGCAAGGACUGCAAGGCUUAGAGUUGUUGAAUAAGGAGAUAGAAUGCGUUGACUGGAUGGCACGAGUCGCCCUGUCGACCAUGGACGAAGACAUCUGCGGCGCUCUUCGUGAAACUGAGCUCUACCGCAAAUAUUACGGCCCAGACAGAAUCACCUUGACUGACCCUGGACAACUGGCGGGUCUUUUGAUUCAGAGACUUGUUGGUCCUUCUGCAAUUGCAGCGCCCGCAGGUCCUGUUGCUUUCUCUGGUUCCGCACAUCCAUCAGCUCAAAUGGCAUCUGCUCGCCCUGCUGGUAACUCUGGCCCUGCAAAUCCAUCAGCUCAGAUGGCAGGCCCGGGCCCUAUUCGUGUCUUCGAUCCUGCAAAUCCAUCUGCGCAAAUCUAUCCUCCCAUCCCCAGCUAUGGGUUCGUCGACAUCAGUGAUCUGCCACCGGGAGGCGGUCAUGUCAAUAUCUUUGCCCCACGAAACAAUCCGGCACCCCCAGGCGGUCCUGUCAAUAUCUUUCCCGAACCACGCAAUGCGGCCGUGUCGACGGAACAAAACGCCAAUGAACCCUCAACCGCAACAUCGCAAGGCGGUGCCACGGGCCGUGUCAACAAACCUUCUGCGGGCAAACGAGGCCGUCCGAGCAAUGCUGCAAAACAGGCUGCUGUCAAAGCCGCCAGAGCCAAGGGGUUACAUGAGUGGGUUGUGAACGGAUAUGCAGCUGCGCCGCCAGUCAAUGGAAAUCCUGCUCCUGGUGGCCGUGCAGCUGCACCGCCAGUCAAGGGAAAACUUGUUCCUGUUGGCUAUGCAGCUGCACGACCAGUCAAUGGAGAUGCUGUUCCUGUUGGCUAUGCAGCUGCACGACCAGUCAAUGGAGAUGCUGUUCCUGGAAAUCGUGUUCAAGUUCGCAAUGGCAGCACCCCGAGCAACCUUCCUACCAUCCAAGCUGUCACAGCCACUUCUGCACGCCCAGUCAAUGGAAAUGCUGAUCCUGUUGGCUAUGCACCUGCACACCCAGACAAUGGAAAUCCUGUUCCUGUUGGAUACGCAGCUGCACGCCCAGUCAACGGAUAUCCUGCUCAAGCUGCUGCACCGCCAGUCAACGGAUAUGCUCCUGUUCAAGUUCCCAAUGGCACCACCGGCACCCCAGACAGCUUCCCUCCGAGCCUGACUGCGAGCCCUGCCAGCCCCGCCAGUACAGCCACCAUCUCAGCUAGCUCACCAGCAGCUCCAACCCCAACUCGAUCUUCCGUGGCCUCCAACACCAACAAUGGCGGGACUGGUACAGAGAGAAAGGGACCAAAGAAGCCGACCCGACUCAUCGACGUUGACGACCCAUGGUGCUGUCCCAUCUGCUACCAAAUGUUUGUCUUACAGAACACGGCGAGGAAACAUGUCCGAGAUCUGCAUCCGGAAGUUGACCAUGUCACUGCCAACAUCGAGUUGCGCUCCUAUUACUGGAACCAAGGCAUCGAUCCGGUCUACCGAGGCACGGACAGAAAGCAGAUCCAGGCACAGCGUCGCAUGAGUAGGGGCAUCAAAUCCACCGACUCCCGAUACUUCGACGACGUGUAUCGCACCACUCCGGCUAUCCGUGCCGCUCUCCGCAAGGAGAGGGAGAGGGAGAACCAGCAGUAA